GUGCAUUGCGAGACCGGGGCUCGUGUCGCUGAACAAGGCGAAAGCUCGAAAGCGCCCAUGCAUCGGGGGCCCGGCAGACACACCCGCUUCACUACUCCAGCAUUCUAGACGAAGAAUAUAGAUUGGAUUAACCAUGGCGCUGCAGCAGGCUGCGCCGAGGGUGUUUGGCCUCUUGGGGCGUGCCCCUGUCGCUCUGGGCCAGAGCGGCAUUCUGACUGGUAGCAGCGGCUUCAAGAACCAGGGAUUCAAUGGCUCCCUGCAGUCUGUGGAGAACCAUGUGUAUGCCCAGGCCUUCAGCACCUCUUCUCAGGAGGAGCAGGCUGCUCCCAGCAUCCAGGGUGCUUCGGGCAUGAAGCUGCCUGGUAUGGCUGGUAGCAUGCUGCUGGGCAAGUCGCGCAGCGGCCUGCGCACCGGCUCGAUGGUGCCAUUCGCUGCCCAGCAGGCGAUGAACAUGUCGACGGCCGCCCAGGUGCAGUCGGGCGCCACCGUGAACUCCCUGCUGCUCGGCAUCUACCGCUUCUGGCGCAGCCAGGCGCCCAUGGAUAAGCCGCACGCGCCCGUGGAUGACCGCAUGCUCCCCGCCAUUGUGGAUGCUAGCGACAACCGCGCGGCCCUCGGCACCUGGGCCACCGCCCUGUUCUGCACCAUCCUGGCCUCCAACUUGCUGGGUCUGGUGCCCACCAACGAGGCGCCCACCUCCGGCCUGGGCUUCGCCACCGGCCUGGGUGUGAGCGUGUGGGCCACCGCCACCACCCUGGGUCUGUACAAGCUGGGCUUCUCCUUCCCCGGGCACUUCAUCCCUGGCGGCACCCCCUGGCCCAUGGCCUUCAUCUUCGUGCCCCUGGAGACCAUUUCGUACACCUUCCGUGCUGUUUCCCUGGGUGUCCGUCUGUGGGUCAACAUGCUUGCCGGACACACGCUGCUGCACAUCCUGACGGGCAUGGCGCUGGCGCUGCCCUUCUCGCUGUCGUUCUUCGCCAUGGUGCCCGCCACCUUCGCCGUCGCCUGCCUGCUGUCGGCGCUGGUGGGCCUGGAGUACCUGGUGGCGGUGCUGCAGUCGGGUGUGUUCUCCAUCCUGUCCACCGUCUACGUUGGCGAGUUCAACAGCGUCAAGCUGGCGGGCCCGCUGGCUAAGGUGGUCAAGAAGGCGCUGUAAGCAGCCUCGGAAUGGGACGGCGUGACGCCGUGCGGAGCCUGUGCAGCUGGCGCAGCCGGGCGGCGAGCAGCGGCUGAUGGCGGCCGCGGCUGGCCCACGGAGGGCGCAGUUGCGGCAGGAGGAGCUGUGGCGGCGGCGUUGCGCGGGGUAGCGUGCAGCAGCGGGAACAGGGCGCGGCCCGGCGGUGCUGGUCGGCAGAUAAACCGGCGCAGUGCUUUCCGGGCCUGCCUGGCUAGAAGUGCGGGUUGGUGUAGCCAGUAAAAGCAUGGGGGUGCGGCUUGCGCCGGCCGUGGGGUUUCCCGCGGCACUGGUGGCAGCCGGUCGGCUGAGUCGCUUAGAUGUUGCUGUGUCUCGUGUCGGGGCGUCCGUUGCGUGGAGGGGCGGGGCCUGCGCCUGCGCGGGAUGGCGUCAGUCGAGGAGCUGCGCGGAUUAGAGGUACGCGGCGGCAGCGGCGACGUCGAUAGCAGUAGCAGAGGAGCGGAGCUGUGGAGUUGGAGAGCGGCUGCCAGCGGCGCAGGGCGUCGUCAUGUCGCCCGCCUGCGUAAUCCCCGGGUGCUUCAACUCCCGGGGAGGGGCGGACGUGGCGACCGGCGCCCUGCCCGGCUGCGGAGUGCCGCGACUGCUAGAGGCGGUGUGCAGCGGGAGCGCAGCGAAGUGAUGGGGCCCCGGCGGGCGGCGGCGGCGUGCGGCGCGCAGAGUACCGGCGCGGCGGCAAGGGGACCGGCAGCUCCCGGGUCCCCAGCCGCCAGCGUGUGGCGCGUGGCGCGUGCGCCGCCCGUGUGGGCGGCCGAGAGGAGGGAGCGGCGCGGCAGUGAAACACACUGCGGCGUACCGACCGAGGCACACGUCGAGAAGUAGACAGCGCAACAGCAACGGCAGCGAAAACCUAGCGGUGGGAGGUCCGGAGUUGUGGGGGUUGUGCUGUGGCAGACCGGCCGACGCGCGCAGGCUGGGGGCGACCACGGGGGGCGGGCAUCGCUACCUGUGGCGCGCACCCGGCCAGCGUGCACCCUUGCCAUGCUGGCUUGUGGAGGCGGGGGGAAGAGGUGGAGGCUUAUACCUGGUAGCUUGGCAACCUAGCAUCAGCAGGUGACAUGAAAGUAGUGGAACUGUAGGUUUUCGUGUGUGCGGGAAGGGUUGUUUGUGUGUGCGUGCUCCCGGGAGUAUCGAGCACACGGGUGGCCCGAAAGUAGGUUUCAAUAGCUUUGCGUGAGGGUUUUGUGGGGGAGGCCUGAAGAGGCUGGACACCGAGAGGCCCAGUGAUGGCCUGAGGCGAGGAGACUGUAAGCUUCGUCUCAC